CUUGGUAAGGGUAUUUGAUUGGUCGAGUGUGGCGUUAUCCGAUACUGACUGCUCUGUUCAGACGAGACUAUAAUAGGCGUAUAUUUCCACAGGUAUUCUACAGGUAAGUCUACCUGCUCAGGUUCUUACAAACGAAGGCACACGAGUGGUAUUUUAUUGACCGUACACACAAAAUACUUGCUGCAUUAUUUAAUGCCUGUCGAAGUUAAAUAACGGAAGAUGAAACGUUAAAAUCGACGAAGAUUGUUGGUGUCAAUAUAAUGUGCUCUGGAAACAUGUAUAAUUAACACUGGGUGAUAUACACAGAGAUAAAACUCAAAACACGACAGAUUUUGAAGGAUUAUUUAUCAGCUGUUAAGGUAGAUAGGGCUGACAAAUCAAUGCGGAUUCUGCUAUAGUAGGGAAAUGGCACGUUGUUUGCGGACUGUGAAAUCGGAGGUCUUUGGAGUGGAAUAAAACGGAUUUUCACACAGGAAUACACUAGACUGUAUUGUGCGGGUUGUUGAGUUCUGAAAUAAGGGACAUAUAUAAAUCCUUUCUGAGGCAUAAGUGCCAUUGUAUGAAAUUUGUACGAUGUCAGUCGCCUCGACGAACUCAUUAAUUCGUUAUGAGGACGAACUUCGUCGCCGACUUGAAAAAUUAUCCCGGACCUACGACCUGACCACCAUGAAAAUAUUCAUGGUGGUUGAAUGUGUCGGAGAGGAAAUGGUCUGUAGUACGUACAAUCCGCACCAAAGGGUCCGAUGGGAGUCAUUCUUGUCCAGGAAAGAGGCGUGCCGUUUGGACCUGAGCAAGCACGUGAAGAAUCGCACGAGAUAUCAGGAUUUUCUCCAUAACAUUUCCAGAGAAGAGCAAGGUAAAGACUUCCACGAGGCUAUGAUGAGGUAUUUCCACGGGAAGGGAGCUACGGAUGCAUUUGGACAGGUAACUCGCGUGAACAGUAACUUCAGUUUUUGCAAUCACAUCUGUCAGUUGUUCGAGCGAAAAUUGGACACAUGGUUUCAAUCGUCUGAGGCGGUUGCUGUGAAAUUGACAGGUCAUGUGAAGGUGUCGAACUUUGUGCGCGUGAUGACAGGGCAAGUAGACGCCUUAUGUCACAGAGACGAAUACAUGUAUGCAAUAAAUAUCAAGAUCACGGGAAUGGACACACCGAGGCCGCUGGACCUGGCCGAAAUGUGUUUGUACAAAGCUUUGGUGAUCCAAAAUGGACUCUGUGACCCCGAUCUACUCAAACUCUGUUUGCUCACCCUUCAUCUUACGGAAGAGAAACCGAUUCUUCGAUUCUGGGAAUAUACUCCGACUGAUGAAAUGGAACAGGCCAUUCGGGAAGCAGAUGUAGAUAGGUUGAUCGACGCCGGAAAGUUGAGCCAGUAUCACGAAUUCUGGAAAGACAACGUUCAUCUACCCCCGUUAUCAUCGAUGUAUUCCGGUUCGUCCAGGGAGGGCUGACAAGACGAAAUCCUGAUUGACACACGAACACUACGUUACACGGCGGAGCUGAAAGCUGAUAUCUUCUAACCCUAGAACCUCUCUACAAUGGAAAUAUGGACAUGUUUAUAGCCAUAGGUCGAUCAUUACCGUGAAACAUGUACAAAUUAAUAGGAAAAAAUCAAUAUGUUGCCUAGUGUUCAGAUCUGGAUCAGGAAAUCGCUAUAAGAAAUCCUUUUAUCCUGUAUGAUCAAUGAGAAGUUUGCAUGCGUUAUUGUCGACUGUUCGGGGUUCACGUAUUGAUGAACAGUUCUACACGGGAUUCACACGCUAUUGAUGCUUGUGAUAUCUAUUGUUGACCUUGUGUUGUUGAAUAUAGGUAUAAUCAUAUCAACUAAUACUGCACGAAUGUUUAACGUUAGCUUUGGUGAUGGCGCAUGGCAAUGGUGGUGGUGUUUAUAUUUUAUAUUUAAAGCACAUAUGAUUUAUUUUGUUUACAGGUACGAUGUAUGUUACAGUGAAACCUGACUUUGCCGACACAUUGUGGCACCAAGUCCAUUUAUCGGAUAUGACAGUGUGUCGGUAAAGUCAGUGUCGGUAACGACAGUGGAUCAUGCCGUUGGAUAUGGUCGGAUUAAACAGGAUGUCGUUUAAGUUAAUGGUCUGUUUACUUGGUGAAAGCUGGUCUGAAUGUAGCUGGACUUGAUUGUAGAUAAGAUACAUGACUAUCUCAGGGACUUUCUUUCUUGCAUUGCUUCUUGUAUAUUUUUAUCCGUCUUAAUUCUUCUAUGAGGUGAAUAUAAAUCUAUCUUGAAAUCCAGCGAAAUCCGUUUGACUUUCAGCUCCAGGUUCUAUAAAACGUUAUUUAUAGGAUUAUAGAUAGUUUAAAUGGUCUGCUUUAUAUCAAUGGGUAUGGACAGGUGAAUGUGUUGUCUAUGUUAACUGCUUCGGUGUUGAACACAUGGCAAAUGUGGUGUACUUCAUGUGUGCAUGGUGACUUUGAGUCAUAAAAGAAUGAACGAAAUGAAAGAAGACAUGGUAUAUUAUUAUUGUCGACUACUUCUGUAUUGACGUUUGAGGUAAUUGCACAUUAACUUAUAUAAUAUUCAGUACGACCAUGUUUAUGUAAUACAUGGAUGUACACAUUUUAUGACGGUGCACCACAUAAUUGUUGGUAUAUAAGUCUUUUGCAAAUAAAAUAGUGCGAAAUUAUUAUAAAAUAACUUGUUAAUAGGUGAAUAUAUAUUUAACAUAAAAUCGAGAUUGCUUAAGAAUUGCUUUGGUAGUGGCGCAUGGCAGAAGUAAUGUUUAAGAAACAGCUUUGUUAGUGGCGUAUGGCAGAAGUAAGGUUUAAGAAAUAGCUUUGGUGAUGGCGCUUGACAGAAGUAAGGUUUAAGAAAGAGCUUUGGUGAUGGCGCUUGACAGAAUUAAUGUUUAAGAAAGAGCUUUGGUAGUGGCGCUUGACAGAAGUAAGGUUUAAGAAAUAGCUUUGGUGAUGGCGCAUGGCAGAAGUAAUGUUUAAGAAAGAGCUUUGGUGAUGGCGCAUGGCAGAAUUAAUGUUUAAGAAACAGCUUUGGUGAAAGCGCAUGGCAGAAGUAAGGUUUAAGAAACAGCUUUGGUGAUGGCGCAUGACAGAAGUAAUAUUUAAGAAAGAGCUUUGGUGAUGGCGCAUGGCAGAAGUAAGGUUUAAGAAAUAGCUUUGGUGGUGGCGCAUGGCUAAAGUGAUCUUACAAAACUAGCUUUGGUGACGGCGCAUGUCAGAAUUGGUGCCUAAUACGCAUGACACAUGAUGUUUAAGAAAUAGCUUUAGUUGUAAUGCAUGGCUAAAGUGACAUUUGAGAAAUAGCUUUGGUGUUGGCGCAUGGCAGAAAUGAUUCUGAAGAAAUAGCUUUAGUAGUGACUCAUGACAGAGGUGAUGAUUAAGAGCUUUGGUGAUGGCGCAUGGCAGAAGUGAUAUUUAAGAAAUAUAUUUCAUAGUGAUGCAUGGAAGAAGUGAUUUAAAAAAAGAAAUUGCUUUGGUUGUGGCGUAUGGCAAGACUGAUGCUUAAGAAAUAGCGCAAAGCAAAAGGGAUUUUAAAGAAUUAGCUUUGGUGAUUGUGUAUGGCAAAAUUUAUUAUUAAGAAAUAAUUUCAGUAAUGGAGCAUGGAAGAAAUGGUUUUUAAUUGCUUAGUGAUGGCGCAUGGCAGGUUUUGUCUUUAUGCAUGAUGUGUAAUAGGGUAUUUUAUCAUUGCAUAGACUUGAUACAUUAGCACAGAAGGAGAGAACAGCUGUUUACCAGGUAAUAUUACACCUGAUAGUAGAUUUAUCCAUGUAAUCAACAUGGUUCCUACGAUGGAACGUGAAAGUACCCGCUGCAUGUAUAAACUGACUCUGAGUAACACACUCCACUGUGAUCAUUUAAUAGUGUUUCCAUCAGUCACGUUUUAGGUGUUAAUGACAAAUUUUGAAUUAGGGAUCCAUUACAACGAUUAUACAAUAUCUAGCGUGCUACUAAAGCAUGCAUACACUUACCGACUGUCAUACAGUUAGCACGUGUGUGCGCGGUGUGAUAGCUCGCGCGUGUCACUAGUAUGAAUAAUGCACGUUUGGUUUACUUUAUCGUAAUAAACACGAAUGUAUAAUGAAAUAGGCAUGCACAUACACGGGAACCUCGUUAACACAAAUAUUGAUAUUACCCGUGUUUACGUUAAUUGAGAGUAUAUUCAUGUGCUAAUCUUCUCAAAGGAAUUCGAAUCUCGGCAGGGACGGAUAUUAAACUGGUUUAUGAUGUAUGAUACAACCAAUUUAAAAGUCUUGAUUUUCAGCCCGUGUUGGACGUAGAACGAUUUGGUUAGAUCGAUUACAAGUCCUACUUUUUAGAUGAAUAUUUAGAUUGAAAAUAAAGGCAGACCGUUAAUUAAGACAAAGCCAACCAUCUAACUACUAAUCCUAAACUUUUAUCAAUACUUAUAUUUUUUUUAAGAAUAUGUUUUGCUGACCGUAAACGCAUCUUUUGGUUGUAUAUUCUAUUUCAGCGAGAGCCGAUAGGUUUAGCGGUUUAUAAUAUAGCUCUGGUGAUUUAUUUGAGUGAUGAUGCAUGACUCUUGUUUAUUUCAUUAUUUAUUUAUUUAUUUAUUUUGGUGGUGGUGCAUGCUAUUUAUUUGGUGGUGGCACAAGAUACAUUCUGGGUGGUGGUGCAUGAUUUAUUGGGUGGCGGUGCAUGCUAUAUUUGGGUGGUGGUGUAUGCUAUAUUUGGGUGGUGGUGCAUGCUAUAUUUGGGACGUGGUGCAUGCUAUAUUUGGGUGGUGGUGCAUGCUAUAUUUGGGUGGUGAUGCAUGAUAUAUUUCAAGUGACGGUGCAUGUAUUUUUUUUCCGGUGGCGGUGCAUGAUAUAUUUUGGGUGGUGGUGCAUGUUAUUUUGUUUUCGGUGGUGGUGCAUGAUAUAUUUUGGGUGUUGGUGCAUGUUAUUUUUUUUUUCGGUGGCGGUGCAUGAUAUAUUUUGGGUGGUGGUGCAUGUUAUUUUUUUUCGGUGGUGGUGCAUGAUACAUUUUGGGUGGUGGUGCAUGUUAUUUUUUUUCGGUGGUGGUGCAUGAUAUAUUUUGGGUGGUGGUGCAUGUUAUUUUUUUUCGGUGGUGGUGCAUGAUAUAUUUUGGGUGGUGGUGCAUGCUAUUUUUUUCGGUGGUGGUGCAUGAUACAUUUUGGGUGGUGGUGCAUGUUAUUUUGUUUUCGGUGGUGGUGCAUGAUAUAUUUUGGGUGGUGGUGCAUGAUAUAUUUUGGGUGUUGGUGGCGGUGCACGAUAUAUUUUCGGUGGCGGUGCAUGAUACAUUUUUGAUGGUGGUACAUGAUAUAUAUUAUAUAUUUUGGGUGGUGGUGCAUGGUUUUUUUUUCGGUGGCGGUGCAUGAUAUAUAUUUCUUGUACUUGUAAAUAUCACAUUAAUUGUUAGGUAAUUGUGCAUGUUAUUGUUGUUGGUGUGGUAUUCUUUUAACCUUUUGAGCCAUGUUUUGUAUUAAUGACUAUUACGUUUUUGAUGUCAAUACUUUAUUACUGGCAUGGGUACGGUCAAGCCAUAUCUUUUAAUAGAUCAUUUACGGGCGGUACCAGUGCAUGGUUAUUGUGGUUUAUCUUAUUUUUUGCAAGUGAUACUGCAGAACAUUGAUGUUUCAUACACCAAGACUCAAUAGAAUCUCUGAUAAAGUGCCAUAUCUAGCGUUUGUACGCGAAAAACAUCAACAUAUUUUGCCUGUUCAGAUGAACAAGUGAAUUCGUCAGGGUUUGGUGAUGAAGCAUGCGAUACCAUAACCAUUAGGAUGGUCAUGCGACCCCUGUCAAUCACGAAUAAGUAUAGACAUUGUUUUGCACUGUGUUGAUUGUUUUUCUGAUAUUGUCCUGAAAUGUGGCUAUAUGUAUGCAUGAGUGAAGCUCUAGUGAUCCUAUACAAAGGUUUCGUGUUCUUUUUGUGUUCCACAUUGUCUUGCUAAGUAACUUAAUGACGUAUGCUAUUUUUUCUUCCACUCCUGUGACCCGUAUGUGUGAUUAACUGCACGUGCGUGUAUGCACGAAUACAUGGACCGUUUGAAAAUUGCUAUUAAUAGAAACAUUUUAAUGGGUUUUAAUUAGCCACGUGGAAUGAUAUUAGGGACAUAUAGCUCAAAUGUAUGUUUAGGAGUCAUAUUACAUUUAUACAUUGCACGUGUGGACUUGGUAUUAGGGACGUAUAUCUUAUAUUUAUAUGCAAUGCACGUGUGGAGUGCUAUUAGGGACAUGUAACUCAACUACAUGAUUAGGAGUUAUAUAUAUUUAUACAAUGCACGCGUGGAGUUGUCUUAGGGACAUAUAACUCAAUUGCAUGAUUAGGAGUUAUAUAUAUUUAUUCAAUGCACGUGUGGAGUGGCAUUAGGGACAUAUAACUCAAUUGCAUGAUUAGGAGUUAUAUAUAUUUAUUCAAUGCACGUGUGGAGUUGUCUUAGGGACAUAUAACUCAAUUGCAUGAUUAGGAGUUAUAUAUAUUUAUACAAUGCACGUGUGGAGUUGCCUUAGGGACAUAUAACUCAAAUGCAUGAUUAGGAGUUAUAUAUGUUUAUACAUUGCACGUGUGGACUGGUGGUGGGUAUGUAUACAUUAAAUGUUCAAUAUGUAAUUCAAACUCAUGGACAGAAAUUAUGUAAGUUUAUAUCUUGCACGUUUUAAUAGAUGUCAAAUAUAAUGAAGAAUUUUCUGUAUUUAUAUGAUAUUAUGUUUUUCUAGACAUGUCAAGAUAUUGAUUUGAAUUACAAAUUUUUAAUUUUGAUAGUUGAAAUAUUUUUAGUUCUGUUGUACUAGCAUGGUGAUGGUUACUGCACCUUUUUAUUGACUUGCACUUUUAUGGUGGCGGGACCUGCACAUUUAUUUAGCACGGGGUGAUGGAAUACUGAUCUUUAUUUUAUUAUGUUGAUUAUCUAUACUUUGUGGUAGUGAAGAAGUGAAAUAAUAAGCAAUGGAAUCUCGUUAAUGAAGAGCUUGGAAACGUAUUUCAAAAACUGGAUAUUUGCAAUGUACACUAAAUUGCAAAGUACAAAUUCUUUACAAUUCCGGAAAUAAAAGCAUUAACGAGGUUCCUUUGCUGCGUAUGAAUGUACAUGAGUAUGUCUGGAUGAACGAAUGUAUUUUAAAAGUCUGAUCUUCAACAACACAUGGUUUUCAAUAAGUUCGUCAAAUACAGGAAUUGGAACUGUAGUCGUAUACUGUAAACAAGUAACUGCAUUCUCUAAGGUUGAUUUAAAAAAAAAAACUAAUCCUUAAUAACUGGCUUUUAUUUUCAGACGAAAGAAAUGUUACCUAAUUAUUUCACGAUUGUGAUGUUUUGUAUGGGUAUACGAUACUAGGUAUGUUACAAUUGAUGAUCCAGAUCUGAACACUAAAUGCGUGUUAUAUGUACAACCAUACUUCUUAUCAUUCACAUGUAAAUGAAAGCAUGUACACACAGAUUUAUACUGAACGAUCGCAGUUCAUGAAUAUUGCAAAUGCUUAAUUCAAAUGUCAAAUUGGAUAUGCAUUAACAUGGAAUGUCGUUCAAAGGUGAACACGGGCAGUAAUUGGUAGGUAUAAAGUAAAAUAGCCCGAGUUUCCUCUGGCCCUGAAACUCGUGCUAAAAGUAAUAGAACACCAAUAUAAAGUCAAAGGCAGUAUGUAGUCUGGACGUUAUACCGGGUUAUGGUCACAGGGAGUAUAUAUCACAAGCGAACCAGAUUGGCUCAUUGCUAACCUGUUUGUACACUUUCCCCUCUAAGUUUGUGUUCAAUAAGUUGGCAUAAUUUGACGUAAUUUAGAAAUGAAAAUGAUAUGUUCUAAUGAAUAAGUUAAUAGAUAUCAUCAGUACCUCUAAUAUUACCUUGUACAGUAGGAAGCCACACGAGCUUCAUCUAGUCGUUUACUAUAUCACUCUUAGAAGAACAAGACAUAAUCAUGCUCCACUGAUUUUUGAUCUGAAGGUUGUAGUGAAGUUCAUAUUACCCCGAAUAUGUAUGGGAUUAUUAAAGGCAGCUGGCAACAUGACCGAAAAAGAACGUAGUCAUGAAACCAUUCUCAUGUUCAAGCAUGAAAUUUGUGCUCAACCUAGCUUUCUUUAAACUCUUUCAAAUCAUGGACUAGCAGCUUAAAAGAAAACUAUAUUCGUCGAAAUGAUAUAUCACUUGAAGUCUUUCUGAAAUUACUUCAAACUAUUGAAAAUGAUAAAUAUAUAUUCAGAUAUCGAAGUGAUAAUCAAAAGUACUCGAGUCUGAGCACAAAAUGUGUAUUUGAACAUGAGUAGUUUCAUGAAUACGGGCCCAGGUGUUCUGGAAGGGUUAUUAUCUUGAUUCACCGAUAACAACUGCCAUGUCGAUCUUUGUAAAAUCCAGGUUGUUAGUAUGUAAUGUUCUCAUCAGUAUUAUAACCUAGCACAUCAAGGUAUAACUUUCUAAACAUUAAACAGAAAAUACUUCAUAAAACAUUUACAGCUUUAAGUCAGGACUUGGCUAUAUUACAAAAUGUAAUCAGAAGUGGUGAUGCUGACUCUCGGUGGAGGGUUGUCGAUAUUUACAGUCAGUGAGUGUUAUCAGUUUUGAAUAUAACUGGUAUAUUUUGUAUACAUGUAUAUUUCAAGGGUGCAUCAUACAUUACAGAGUUGAUUAGUCAUGAUUAAGCAUUAUGUAUUAUUUUGUAUUAUUUUAUAUUUUUUAUGAUUUUUUAUGUAGUUGUAUGUUUUCAUGUAUUUUCUGAUUUUGUGAAAUUAUUCUUUUCUUGUCGAUGCUUGUGUCGUUUUAUGGGCGUGAUUUAGACUUAUUGUUUUAGGUGAUGUUGUAUUGAAGAAGUCACAUGAAUUUACAUCUGACUAAAGUAUACAUUGUAUUUCUUUAUAAUGAUAAAAAGAGAAAACAAUACACAAAUCAGCAUACCUAACACGCAUAGGGCGCGUAAAAGGUCACCGUGUAAUUCCAAACCUCUCGUAUAUGAAAGUAGCGAGAUUACCAAGGGUUAUUCUCCAUAUAUUUUGGUUCAAAUACUUAAACAUGUCACUAGAUUAUUAAAUAUUAUUUAUGGGUGUAUCGGUGUCACGAGUUUCGUGUUGGUACGAACUUGGUAUAGUUUAUAACAGGUAAGUCUUCUAUAAUAAAUUUCUCUGAUAAACGUCAUAAAGUCAGAUUGGAUGGCACUACACGCAUGUAUAUAAAACAACAAAUACUCCAUUAUGCCUGGUCAUAAAGUGUACGCUUAAAUAAAUAUCGCUACUCAUGAAAUAAAACUGUAUUAUAUUUGAAAAAAAACACGAGAAUAUUUUUGUUUGAAAUUCAUAUUUUGGUAUUUUAUUCUUAGAAGGUCUUUUAAGCAAAUCAUUUGUAAAAAAAAUCAAAUGUCUUGCAUUUAGGUAUAUACAGUACGUACUUAUUGCUCAGAAGCGUGAUUAGAGACAGACUACCUUAAUUCAUUCCAGUUCCUAAUACUUUAAAGACCUGGAAAUGGCUUAAAGUCACAUUACCUACAAGUCUAUUAGCAAAUUGAGGCUUACAGCUAUUAAGUUGUCAGGAAAGUGACGGUCCGGUGAUGUAAUAUAAUAAUACCAGUAUACUACCUUGAUCCCUCACAAUAAAGGAACUAAAAUCAUUAAUACCCUUUAAACCACCUUAAGUUGGAAUAUUGUGUGUUAUCCUUCGGUAAUAAUUCUACUAUAUAGGUACCCACUUCUAAACUGUUAUAGACAUGUUUAUUGGUAGUUUUUUACUAAUUACAGUCGGUAUUAUAUUGUAAGGUCCUGUCUAGCUUUAGAGGUUUGUAAAUCGUGUCAUGUCUUGAUUUUUACUUACAGAGGGUUUUACCGAUGACGUUUGUGUUCUAUAGCUUUCAUUGAUGAAGGUUCGACUAUUUUGCAAUAAAAGAAUUUGCAUAUUAUAAAAUAUAUAUUAAUGUAUAUCUUUGUACAUUGAAAUUCGAAAUAUAGGUUGUGUGGUAUUUGAUUUUUCAUUGUGAAAUUGUAAACGUGUUUAUUUUAGGAAACUAUUUUCUGUUGAACAGUAUGACUUUUUUUUACUGUUUUCAUUCAUAUCAUACUUAUGACAUAUCAAGUCCAAUGUAUACUUACCAUUGUUGUAUUGUGAAAUAAUCUCUCAGUUUUUCAAUGUCUGGCCCCAGUUUAUUCAACGUCCCUCAAUUUUAGAAAAUUCAUUAAUCUAAAAAGAAAAUCCAUAGAAAGAGUAAUAUUGGAUUUAAGGAAAAGAUCUUAGUAAAGACAUUUUUAAAUUCUGCUUUCCUGUGGGGAAUUUAAAGAAAUGUCCUGAAGUUAUAAGGAAUGUUGAUGAAACUGGGUCCUGAUAGGCUGAUCAACAUCAUUUGAAAACAGUUUGAACUUUUAGUUUGGAAAAGAAUAGAAAAUUAGGUUUCAUUAUCAAUUUCAGUACAUUUAAACAAAAUAUAAUUGCUUGGGUUUACUUUACGUUGAUCCGAGUUUGAACAACUGGACCAUCGGUCUCAAUUUUGUGUUUCCUUUUUGUGGAAAUAGAUUUGUAUUAUUCCUUUUGUUUUGUGGGAAUCAUGAGAUCUUACAUUAAUGAUUAAGUGGGUCUUAUACACAUGAACCAUUCCAGUUUUAAAGAUAGUUUAGCAUUGCAUGUUCAUUUGGCAAUACGUUCUCUUUUGUAUUUUGAUUUUUCUUUAAAUGGUAUUAUUGACGUAGGGGUAUCCCCUACUCUCUAUUUGAAAUCCGGCCAAUGUCCAAUAUAACAUGAAUGUACAAGUGUGGAGUUUAUGAUAUAUAUACUGUAUUUAUACAUGUAUUUCUAUCAAUUAUUUAUAAAUGUGUAUGUACGUAUCUUAAUUAGAUGGUGAUGGUUAUUUUUAUAGCUUUAACGUAUGUGUACGAUACAUUGCAAUUUGUUUUAAUUAUACAAUGGUCCUAUGGAUACACUGCAUGCCCAAUCGCAACAUCUCGCCAAAUUCCGUCAAGGCUCGGGUUUCUUCCGAACAUUUGCGGAACUGACCGAGAUGUGGCGAUUGAGUACGUGUCGUAUGACCGCACCAUAGUGUGUGAGGGAGAGGUGUCCAGAUGAUAUUUUACAGUGUAUGUCAUAGAUUUUUAAAGUUUACAUCCAUUUCUUUUAUAUUUACUUACAAUUAUGUGUUUUCUCGGUACCCAGUUAUUAAUAUAUAUAAAACAAUUUACUGAAAUUAAAAGAUUGUUUUUUUAUUUUAAAGAUAUGUAUUGGGGAAUAAGUAAAAUAAUGCAAAGAAGAAUAUGCACAAACGUUUUGUAAAAGUAAAACAUCUUCUUUAAAUAAUUUAUAAAUUAAUGACGUCUUCAGCUGUAUCGAUAGUUUUAAUAUCUGGGUCCUGAAAUUCGAAAAUGCAAAUGGCAUCAGACAGCUAAGAAGUAGAAAAACAGUGGCAUACAUAAAUAUAUCCAACAUUUGAUUUUGCAAAAUGUCCAUGCAUCUUAGAAAUCCAUAUAUCUUGUUUGAAUAUUACUGACAAAAUAUUUUCACCAGUGUCAUAUAAAAUAAAGGAACUGUAUGAACUCUUAGUAAAGUGUUUGUUGCGUCGUUCUGAUAAGAAUUGGCUAUAUUCAGAAUUACAUGCAAGUUUCCAUUCCUGUAAAAUUGACCGAAUAAAGAAAUGCAUGAUGAU